CCCUUUUUCAUCACACUAUCCCCCCACGUAGUACCAGUAAUUAUAUCCUUUCGCUGAAGAUAUUCUUGAGAGAACUCAAUCCCCCUAGCGACUUACGUUCGGUUCUUUAAAACCUACCCUCGCUAUGCGGCAGCUUAGCAGUGGCCCCAGCGGCAGCUUCCGCCUGACCCACUUCCCCAGCGACAGUAUUCCCAGCUAUGCAAUCCUUUCGCACACCUGGGACGCGGAUGACCAGGAGGUUACAUUCCAAGAUAUUACGAAUACCGUGGGAACCAGCAAGACAGGCUAUAGAAAGAUCGAGUUUUGUAAGGAGCAAGCAAAGAAACAUGGGCUUCAGUAUUUCUGGGUGGACAGCUGCUGCAUCGACAAGUCAAGUAGCGCCGAGCUCACAGAGGCUCUUAACUCGAUGUUUCGCUGGUACGGGGAUGCAGCAAAAUGCUAUGUGUAUCUCUCAGACGUUUCAACAGGAAAGCACACCCGGUCUUCUGAGCUCCCAUGGGAACCGGCGUUUAGGCGGAGUCGAUGGUUCACCAGAGGCUGGACACUACAGGAGCUUCUUGCUCCGCGAUCAGUCGAGUUUUUCUCCCGAGAUGGCAAGCGACUUGGACAUCUGUCUCAAUUCAGCAACGAUGAGCGAAUGUCAUGGGCAAAAGAGCGAGAGACCAAGAGGGAAGAGGAUCAAGCAUAUUGCCUCAUGGGAAUCUUUGGCGUCUACCUACCGGUCAUCUAUGGCGAGGGGAAAAGAAACGCACUCCAACGGCUUCGAAAAGAGAUCGAAGAGGGUUCAGACGAUACGCGAGUGAAAUGGAACGACAAGGAACUAAACUGUAUGCAAGCCCUGCGUAAUUCAGCUUCCGACUACGAGCAGUUCAAGGACCGGAACUCUAGCCGACUUAGAGAUACCUGCCAGUGGGUUCUCCGUCAUGACCAUUUCCGAAACUGGAAAGACAGCAGCUCCUCAAGUCUUCUUUGGAUAUCUGCGGAUCCUGGAUGCGGAAAAUCAGUUUUCUCUAAAUCUCUUCUCGACGAAGAUUUCAAAAACACGGACGCUGGCACAACUUGCUACUUCUUUUUCAAAGAUGACAAUGACGUACAGAAAAGUGCAGUUGCAGCGCUUGCGGCACUACUCCACCAGCUCUUUCGGCAGAAACCAACACUUAUCAAACACGCUAUGCCGGAUUUCGCCGCUAAUGGACAUCAACUUUCUCAAUCAUUUCAUAUACUCUGGAGUAUUCUAAUAAAGACGGUGGCUGACCGGAAUGCCGGGGAAGUCUUUUGCGUCUUGGAUGCCCUCGACGAAUGCGCAGAAGGAGGGCAGUAUCAGAUUAUUAACGCUCUCAGUUCAUUCUACCAGCAAGCAAGCUCCGGAAACAAUGCAUCUCGACUCAAAAUAUGUGUCACUAGUCGUCCUUACCCAGGCAUUGAACGGCGCUUCACCGAUCUUACUUCUAACUUUCCUACGAUUCGGCUGCACGGCGAGCAAGAAUCAGAUAUAAUCAGUCAUGAGAUUGAUCUAGUCAUCAAAUGGAGAGUAUCUCAACUCGGAUCUGAGCUCAAACUCAAUAAUUCAGAACAGUCAAAUCUCGAAACAGAGCUGUUGAGCAUGAGCCACCGAACAUACCUCUGGUCAACACUCAUUUUCGAUAUCAUUCGCAAAAUGAUUCGACCGACAAGUCGGAAACUAAAGGCAGUUAUUAGUGGCCUUCCGUCCACAGUUGAUGAAGCAUACGAAGCGAUUCUUACAAAAAUCGAGGAGGACGAUCGACCACAAGCACGGAAAUUGCUCUCUAUCGUUGUUGGAGCAACCAGGCCUCUUACACUAACAGAAAUGAACAUCGCUCUAGCUAUAGAAGACCGCCAUCGCUCCUUCGACGACCUUGAACCUGACCUUGACGAUGAAGCGAGGUUUGAAGCGUCGGUGAGACACCUCUGCGGGCUCUUUGUGACUGUAGUGGAUCGAAAGGUCUAUCUGAUCCAUCAAACUGCAAAAGAAUUCCUUCUCGCGAAGAGUGAGGCCGCUGCUAUUGGAUAUAAAUAUUCUCUUGUUCUUGUCAAGGGCCCAAACCACGAAGGAUUUGGUAAGCUGGUAACGCUGUUGAAUUGCUAAAGAGAGAAGGAGAAGGUCUCUCUCACUGCGAUCUGCUAUUUACAUCUGUGGGCAAACGGUCUACCCAUCCCUUCUGCCUUAGGCCGCAAGGCCACAACACACAGACUGGGCAAAGCCCAAGACUGUCACACAAAGUAGAGUUUGUAGAGGUUGACUUUGAUGCGGAUCGAUUUGAUACGGGAAAUUCCAGCAGUCCUCGAUAUCCGUUACUGAAUAUAUGAUCGAGAGUUAGUUUCGUCCUGUGGUUCGGCGCCAUAUUAGAGGACUGCGUUAAAAUGUGACUGCACGCGAUCGUGAAUGUCCCAGCGCCUCUGCGU